AUGCCUAUUUCCUAUCAACGUGGACACCAUCUAUCAAUCUACAAAUCAGAUCUCAAUCCACCCGCCAACAUGAGCGAGUCAUUGCCCUUGGAGAUACUCAUCCUCAUCAUACGGAAACUUCCCCCUCAACCUCCUCACAUCCCAAUUGCUCUACCUGCCACCGACGUUCUCACCAAGACCUUUAUUGCCUUGAGCCUUACGAAUACCGCUUUUCACGCAAUAGCGAUCGACUACCUCUACAAGUAUUGCCUGUUCAUCGACAAACCAUGGCGUCUCACGGCUCUUCUGCGUUCACUUGGCACACUUCAAAAUUCAAAGGGCGGCAUCUCCCGCCAAGGGAUGUCCCCAGCCAUUAUUACGUCUCUGGUCCUCAAACCAUAUCACAAUGGGACGAUUGCAGAUCGCAGGAUAGCGCAAGAAAUCAAUGCACUUUUCACCAUUCUCGCUCCAAAUCUCAAGCGGCUUGUCAUAGAUAUGGAGCUGAGAAGCCUUUAUCCUGAAGACGAUGAUGAGGGAAUACGACCCAUUUUACGGAUGGCCUUUGAGAAACUCACGGCUAUAGAGGUAUUCUGCAGUACUCGGGACGAAUUGUUUCUCAAUCUUCAUUGGCCACUCCAUCCAGAACCACCCGUAUGGAGCUAUUGGCCAAAAUUGACAACUCUGGCUCUCUAUAAUGUCGAUAUGGAGAAUUUCAUGCCCUACGUCAAAGUCAUGGAUAGUAUCAAGACCUUGGUACUCACAAACGCCGACUCUAUUGAUGACUUGCACGAGCGGUGGAAUGGUGAGUUUCAUGGCUACACGGGUUAUGAAAUUUGCCCUACCAGGCCAUCUACUGUUGCAGCAAUGAGGGAACUUUUGAAGGACGAGCAACAUCUGGAAAUAAUCAUUGUCAACAAUCAUGAUUAUCAAGAUUUUCUAGAUGAGGCGCUCGGCACAUCAAGAUAUCUGACAACUUCAUUUGUAGAUGUACCAAUGCCUCCAAAUGUACACUAUCCUGAGGCUCUCCAGGAAUGGACCAAAAAUUUGAUCAUCAGUGGAAUUCCAUUGGAGAUGGUGGAGAGAGUAAAUGUACAAGAUUUACGCUGGAUACAUUGGAACGACUGA